AUGUUCACCAAUGGUGUACCAUUGAUAGAUAUUGAUGAGGAAGACAAUAUCAAGUCAAAUACUUUAGUUCUUCGUAAUGAUCCUGAUUCGAAUCAAUUCUUUGAAAGAGUCGAUGCAACUCGUCAAGAUAAUGAAGAUUUGCCUAAACGCUUGAAUAAACGGGCAGACUUCACCUCAGCUCAACGUCAAUUUCAGAAUGAAAUGUUAGCAGCACAUAAUUCCUAUCGUGCUCGUCACUGUGCUCAACCUCUUCAACUUGAUGAUACACUUAGUCGUCCAGCUCAAGACUAUGCUCAAAAACUUGCUAGUACGAAUCAAUUUUCUCAUAGUGGAACUAAAGGUGUUGGUGAAAAUCUGUACAUGGCAUGGAGUUCAGCUACUAGCAAAAUAAAUGGUAAGUCAUCUUCAAAUUAUCAGAUAUAUUCAUCAUAUUUAUGGCUAUUUUAA